AUGGCGGCAAAUGGGAUGGGGAAAAAAUUGCCUUCGUAUCAUGCAGCAAAUGGAGGCAUUAUGAAGCUUAAAUCCUCUUCUUUUUCUGGGUACUAUGUGAGUCUUCUCCUACAAGUGAUGACAUCAACUUCAGAAAAUAGGACAGUAACCACACCCAUGGGACACUUGGCUACUGUAGGAGGACAUGCUGAGCUCAGCUGCCAGUUGUCCCCACCAUGAAGUACAGAGCACAUGGAGGUGCACUGGUUCAGAGGUGACCACUCCAAACUCGUUCACCUAUACAGAGACGGGCAUGAGCUGAAUGGAGAAGCUGCCCCAGAAUAUGUGGAUCACACAGAGUUUGUAAAAGAGGCCAUUGGGAAGGGCAAAGUGACUCUCAGACUUCGUAAUAUCAGUGUUUCUGAUAAAGGAUCAUACCAGUGUUCAUUUAAAGGUAGUGGCAUCAAUGAUGUGGCCAGCAUGAAUCUGAGUGUAACAGCACUAGGCUUGGAAACACAAAUCCUUGUUCAGAUUCCUGGCACUUAGGGACUCAUGGUGGAGUGUAACUCAGGAGGGUGGUGCCCACAGCUUCAGAUGGAGUGGAGAGACAACAGAGGAGAGGUAGUUCCACAUUCAUCAAAAUUCUAUUCCCAGGAUGGAGCCAGAUUUUUUCACAUGAAGAUGACUCUUGUCCUUAGAAACCAGUCACAGGGCAAUAUGACUUGCUACAUUCACAACCCUCUAACAGGUGAAGAGAAAAGAACAAAUGUCAUUCUAGCUGGUAGUGUUGAUGGAAUUACUGAUGGAUUGAAUGUGUGA